AUGAGGGGCUGGGACUGCAAAGAGAUGCAGACAGUGGCUGAAGGCAAGGGGGAAAACAACGCCUUGGAUAAGGGUGAGCUGGCUGGAGCCGAGGAGCUGCUUCUGAUUGAUUUCUCCAUCCCCUGGGAGCCUGCUGUGGAAGAGCAGGUGCAGGAGGAAAGUGCCUCAGAGGAGUGUGAGCUGCAAGAUGGACGUGAAGAGCUGCUCUCCAUGUGUGCUAGCAGUGCAGGGGGAGAUGCAAGAGGUGUGUCUGCAUUGGCAAGAGGAAUCCGUGUCUCCAGAGAUUCCAGAAGAUGAGGUGCAGCAGGAGGAAUGGAAGGUGCAUGUGAACAUGCAGGAGGAGAAGCUGGCACCUGAGGAAAUGGUGGUGGAGGAACACAUGCAAGAAGAGCUUGCGGCCCAUGUGCAUGUGCCAGAGAAUCAGCAAGCUCUGUUGGGUGAGAUAAAACCUUCCAAUCAGUUUGCCCCAUGGGUGCCCCAAGAUGGCCUUGCAGGAUGGGGACCAGCCCCUAUACUGGGUGCAGCCCAGGGCCCCACGGGCUCACCUUCUGGUUCCAUGAGUUUGGGAGGCAAGAGCUGGGCUUUGGGAAGGAGGCAUGAAGCUCUGACAGAGUCCUCGAGUCCUCCUGCCUCCUUCCCAAAGCCUAGUUAGUGCUUUCCCAGCUUUGAGAAGAAGCGGGGGGGGGGGGCUGGAGGGGGUGCCAAAUUUUGGACUUGCACAGGGUGCCAUAGUACCCAAGUGCAUCCCCAAGUGCUGUAGCACACGUCUUCCUGUGCAGCUCCAAUCCAUCCUGUUCAGGAAGAGCUCAGGAAGAGCUUCCUGAGCUCUUCUUGGGGGCCCUGGCUGUAAGCUAGCACAAGCCAUGGCUGUGGUGAGGUUGUGGUUUGCUUGCAGGAAUGAGUGUGGUCACAACUCAUGAUAAAAUUCUAAUGGAAUGUACUGCAUAUGCUUAUAAAAUUAGAAUAUUUUGCAAGGAACGUUCUGCAGUGAAGUGGUAAACAGUUAACUUGAAUCAACAGCUGCACGAAUGAACGUGUACCUCCCUUGGCAAGUAACCAGUUUCUGUUGUUCUGAACUGUUGGCCUUGAUCCCACCACAGAGUUUCAAUGUGCUUAUAAAUAUAGAAGAGGGCAGGCAGUAGGUGGUGGUGCUGUUGCUGUAGGUUGGGUCCAACACAGUGGGGUCCUGAGAGCUCUUGGGGGCCCUGGCUGUAAGCUAGCACCAGCCAUGGCUGUGGUGAGGGUGUGGUUUGCUUUCAGGAAUGAGUGUGGUCACAACUCAUGAUAAAAUUCUAAUGGAAUGCCCUGCUAAUAAUAAUAAUAAUGAUAAAUUAUUUUAUUUUAUUUAAUCCCCACCCUUCCUGGUUUAAAAACUGGGCUCAAAGUGGCUAAGAGCAAAUAUAAAACACUGAUUAAAAUGUGGCUUAAAAACAGCAUAAAACAGCAUAAAAUACAACGUAAAAUGCAGCAUCGGUAUCAAUAAAUUUCAAGAAUUCAGGGGUCAUUUUUUUUGGGGGGGGAGGGAACCCAGUAAGUAGACAUCUAUGAUCACCAGGGCUAACUGGCCAAGUUGGUCCUACUAGGGCCAGCAAGGAGACAGGGAAGAAUUUAAAUGUGGGGUCCCAGAAAGGGUUUAUUCAUAGAAGAGGAAAGGGGAAAAGGGAAUAGAUGAUCAGGCUAAUUCAAAUUGAAGGCCAGGCAGAAUAACUCUGUCUUACAGGCCCUGCGGAAGGAGAUCGAGUCCUGCAGGGCCCUAGUGUCGUGGGACAGAGCAUUCCACCAGGUUGGAGCCAUCACUGAAAAAGCCCUGGCCCUGGCGGAGGAUAGUCUGGCUUCCGUAGGGCCUGGGACCUUUAAGCUAUUAUUAUUCAUGGACCUUAGGGUCCUCUGCGGGACAUACCAGGAGAGGCAGUCCCAUAAGUAAGAGGGUCCAAGGCCGCAUAGGGCUUAGAAUAUUUUGCAAGGCAUGUUCUGCAAUGAAGUGGUAGAGAGUUAACAUGGAUCAACAGCUGCAUGAAUGGACAUGCACCUCCCUUGGCAUGUAACCAGUUUCUGUUGUUCUGAACUGUUGGUCUCAAUCCCAACACAGAGUUUAAAUGUGCUUAUAAAUAUAGUGAGAUCAAUGGGCUUUAAGAUGAAUUGUGGUUCCUGAAUUUCCCAUAGGUUAUAUUACUUUCCAGAUUAGUUGUUGCCAUGAUUUUAAAAAGUCGUGCAUCUUGGGUAAUGGCCAAGGAUGAUGGGAGUUGCAAUUGAAGGCUGCUUCAGCCUGUAUUGCUGAUAUUCCCAGAGGCCUGAGCUGACAUACAAUGACCUCCCGCAGCAGCAGUCCGGGCUGCCUCAGCUUGCAGACACUGGUUCUUCACCUUUCACCUGCAAUGCAUUCAAAAGUAUGGGCAGGUCCCCCAGGCACACAGAGGCAGUAGCAAUUAAGCACAGCAGUUAAGCGAUUAUUGCAGUUCAGUACAGUUGUACCUUGACUCCCGAAUGCCUUGAGAGUCAAACGUUCCAGCUUUCGAACGAUCAAAAACUGAGUGUUCCAGUUUUCAAACUUUUUUUGGAAGCUGAGCAUCUGGUGCAGCUUCCGCUAUAGUUUCUGGUGCACCUGCGGCUUGUUUUCCAAACAUUUUGGAAGUUGAACGGACUUCUGGAAUGGAUUCUGUUGGACCUCCGAGGUACAGCUGUAGUUGGAAUUCCACCUCCUCUCCAGCUGAUGGUGAUGAGUAUUAAGAUUCUUCUAUUUGACACGGGGAACGAAGGCUGAAAGUUAAUGGCUUGGCAUGAUGGGGUAGCACUACCCUGACCUCCCAAGAGCAGAGUUGCUGCUGCUUACUGCAAGGGACAGUAAACUCUCCCCAUCCCUGAUUAUGGGAUGUGCUGGCACUACUUAGAGCUGGAGUCCAAAAACAUCUGGAGAGUCACUGGUUCCCCACCCCUGAUUUCAUCUCUUUGUGGCCAAGGCAAAAUCUGUACCAGAUAUCGCUGUCGCCUACCUGAUUAAGACCCAAUAUGCUUCUUUCCCCUAUAUAAUGGACUAUUACCACUCUAGAAAAUGGAGUAGGCUACUAGGCAGUCCUCAUAUGGUUCUGCUAGUUACAAUCUUCCUCAAAUGAUCCAGCCUAAGACUGUUUCUAAUCUAUGCAGUAUUGAACAGAAGGCAAGCAAGAUGAUUCCUCUGACUCUUUACCAAGAGGACAGAGUUGCUGAACCUGUUCUGAUCUGAAAUAUCAAAGCGCUAGUAUUGAUUUGCACUUGCAGAUAAUUCUUCUACAAAUGUCAGCUAUGAUACUAAUCUUUACUCUUCAAAACAAGUGAAAUUUAACCUGUUGGGUCUGAGCAGCCAGAGGCAAGAUGAGUCCUUCAUCUUUUUUUUUUGUAACAUCUAUCCUAUAUGAGAUGAGAUGAUCAAUCAAGACACACUCCCCAGACCCUCAGAAUCUUUUUUUUUUGUACCUGGGAUCCACUCUUCUCCUGUAUGAGACGAGACGAUUGAUCGGGGGUUUCACUAGAUGACCCUUGGUUCCCUUCCAACUCUAAGAUUCUAUGAUUCUCUAAGAUUCUAUGAACCAACCCAGACCCACAGAAACGCCUACAGUGACUGUAUUGGUUAGAGACUUUAAUAUGCAUCAUAAACGUGCUUUAAAUAGUGGUUCCAACUUUAAGGCGCUAUUAUGCUUUUUUCCAAGAAAUGACAGACUAACUGCUAUUGUUGUUGCUUAUGGAAUUUUAAGUAAAGUUUAUUUCCUGUGGAAAAAUUAAUAGAAUAUAUUCUUUUUUAAUAAAAGUGAAAACGAGAAGGAAAUGUUCUGAUUCAGAAAGCUACCUUCCCUCUCCUGUCUAAGAAGAGUUACUCAUUAGGCCAUCUCGCUUCUAUCUCUUUGUGGGUGUGAUGUACAACAAUGUACGGAUUGCAUACUCCUGUUUCUCAGAGGAGCCCUAGCCUAGAGGAGAGGUGUGACUGGUUUCCUGGGAUCAGAUUUCUGUUCUCCCAACAGAAAACAGUCUGCUCUGACAAAGGAGGCUUGAAAGGUUCCAAGAUGCUGCUCCAGUUGCUCUCUGUCCUCUGGGAGGCCUUGUCCCUGCAAAUCGUUCUGGUGUUUCUGGCAACAUUUCUACUUCUUGCUGAUUACAAGAAAAGGAUUCGCCCAAGGGAUUUCCCCCCAGGGCCGAGGCCUCUUCCCUUGCUGGGUAAUAUACCACAUUUUGGUGCAAAGGACCCACAUUUGGCAGCACGGAAGGUAAGAAUGAAGGAAUGAACCAGAUGAUGAGAAAACAGGUAACAUUGCAGUGGAAAGGAGCGUAGAAACCUCACUGGAAAAUGAGGCUUAGAUGCCCUAGUCUAGCAUCCUGAUUCCAAGAGUAGCCAGCCAGAGGUCUCUGAGCAGCCCACAGCUGGGGCAUGAAGGCAAAUGCAUCUCCUGUGGUUUGUUCCAUCCAGAUGUGUAUGGCCUCUGAAUCUGGGGGAUCUAUUUUGCCUAACAGUCAUUGGUAACAAACCUGUGUCCACACCUGCCAUAAAAGGUAGGAUGGUUGUUUGCAUGAUUCUAUUUUGUUAGCAGGUUAUUUUCACCACUUCGACCUUUUACCUCUAGCUCUGGGCAGGGGAAAAAUAAAAGUCCAGAGCUAUGAGCCACAUAUUUGCAUGAGUAAGGUAAUGAGCUCUGUCCAGUUCCUUGGUCCACAGGUCAGUUUGCUUUCCUUGUAUUUGACCCUUAUGCUCAAGUAGAUCAUACAAUGCCAAGCAGCUUCGCAGGUGCAGUGUGCGAGUUCAGGUGGGCUGUGGGUCAGGGUGUCUCUUUCCUUGCUCAUGAACUCAGUCCCAAACCUCAGGUCUAAAUUAAGGAACAGCGUGUUUUUAAAGAAAAUAGCAAGAAGAUAAAAUGGACAGAUACUUCUAAGGAAAGCAAAUAUUAAGAAGCUUGCUAUGGUUAAUGUUAGCAGUGAAUUCACAGAGGUGUGUUUGUCCUGUAUUAGAAAGUGGGAUUUUAGUGUUGCAACUCCAGCUCUCGAGAAUCAGUUACCAACUGAAAUCCAACAGCAACCCAACAUGUAUUUAUAUUCCUACAAGAUAAUUUUGUUUAGAUUGUAAGCCAGUAAUUAUGUGAUGAAAUUGUUGUUUUAUUUUUGAAUUUGCUUUAAUGUUACGGGAGCUUGUGUUUGUGUGUCCUAUUCUGUUUUUGUCUCGUGCACUGUUUUGAUGGAUUAGCAAAAACCAUGAGUGAUGCCAUGAAAUCGGAAUAAUUAGCAUCCUUAAGCUUUCUUGUCCUGUUGCUUUAUCUUCAGACCAUGCAUUUCCAGGGCUGCUAAUGCGCUUGCCAGAAUUUGUGGAUUGCAACUCCCAUCAUCCCCCACCGCUGCCCAUCUUCACUGGGUUUCAUGAGAGUUGUGGUCCAAAACACAUUGGCUAUCCCUUGGAGUUGCUGACAGACGGGUAUAGGGUUGCUACCUAUCCUGUGUAAUGCAAGAUCACCCUGUAUUUCAAUGUAAAAUGGGAGGUCCUCAAUACUGGACACAAUGUGUCCUGUAUUUGCUGCACUCCCUCUCCCUGCCAUGUUAGGGAUCCUCUCCAAAUGCUCACCCACACUUCUACGGGAAAGGCAUUGCCAGCUGGGCUAGAGAAAAACGUCUUUCGCUUCUUUCCUUUCCUUUUUUCUCCUUGCUCCCUCUCUUCAUUCCACCCCUGAGGAGGAGCAAGGCUUUCAUGUAGCUGCUUCCAGUUCCCAGCCUAGGAUCACUGAGCCCUAUCUCUCAGAGAUCAACAGGUUCCAAGGCUCUAGGAACAAGUAGUUUUCUGUCAGUGUAGCCCAGAAACUCCAGUUCUGAACAUAGUUAUCUGCAUGAUAUUUGAAAGAGGAGGGUGGGGGAGAGGUAGCUCCCCACAAGUCUUGUCCUUCGCCCCACCACCUAAUAUUCCCUCUCUUUCAGAAAUUUAACACGUGGAACAAAGUCAUCACCUCUUCAGAAUAUGACUCUUUGUUUGUUUAUUGCCCAGGCCUGCAUCUGUUGCUGUGCAGUACUGCAUAUAUGUGAAAAGUCAUGUAUUUAAGCUCUGGGUAGGAAAGCACAGACAGAUUUACAAAUUUGUGUGUAUGUGUGUGUGCUCAUGUGACAAAUUCCAGAGGGGCCAUAGUGUUUGGCUGCAAUAGAUUGUAAUGAAUUGCUUUGAAGUCAUUUCAGCACUAGGUGAAAAAACAACAACCCUCAAUUCCUCCCUCAUCCUCUCCUGUAUUUUGCCAGAACCAAGGUAGUAACUCUAGAGGGCUACAGGGGGUACCUAUGUACAGGACUCGAAGCCAGCAGGGACCCCAAGCUGUCUUUUUGAAAUAAAUCAGACAUUUCUACAGGAAGUUAUAAACAAAACAGUUGAAGCUUCUUGUUGCUGCUGCUGGAUGGAUGGAUGGAGGACACUUGAGUACAUAAAGCAUUUUUCUUGUGUUUACAUUAUUUCCUCCACUCCCUUAAGUGUGCGGCCUUUAUAGAAUAAAACAUAAUUGACUGGCUUGAAAAGGUUUUGCUCAGAAUUAACUCCCUUACAAAAAGAAGGGAGGAAUAUUGUGGUGCCCCACUCAGUUCUCUAUGUCCCAUGUACUUUAGGAUAAGGAUUGUAGUUCUGUUCGCAUGUUAUGUUGUACAUUAUUCUACCCUCCCCCUUUUAUCUUUGCAACGUUAGAGCAUGAUCCUGAGAAAGCCAAGGUUGCAGAUUUGAUCCCCAUAUGGAACAGCUGCAUAUACCUGCAUUGCAGAGGGUUGGAAUAGAUGAUCCUCAGGGUCCCCUCCAACUCUACAUUUCUUUGGUUCUAUGAUCUCUGUGUGGUAGCUAGGCUAAAUUAAUAUAUGUGCAGAAGCAGAAGCUCUUGUCAAUAGAUUGCAGGCGGAGAAUGAAGGGGGUCUGUCCAUGCACAGUGAACUGGGCCCAGGAAACACUUUUGACAUCUCUGCUGCCCCGCUGUAUGUAUUUGAUUGCAACCAAGUCUGCUUGUUCCAUACAGUAUUGGCAUUCUAUAAACAUCAAAAAGGUAAAUUAAUAUAGAAUAUCAAUGUAGACUAUACAGAGAUAUUUUGUUCUCUCUUGCAUUCUUCCUCUCCCUUCAGCUGGCUGAAAAAUAUGGCAAUGUCUUCAGCAUUCAGGUUGGGAAAAUAUGGAUCGUGAUUGUGAAUGGAUUGCAUCUGGUGAAAGAAGCUCUUGUCCAUCAGGGUGAAAACUUCAUAGAUCGUCCAGUUGAUCCUCUUUCCAAGGAAAUCAGUAGGUCAUUGGGUGAGUUACUUUAAAUUACGGCCAAUUGUUUAAAUUUAUUUAUUUCUAGCUCAGAAAUGCGCUUCCGUAUCAUCAUUUGGUAUAACAGCAUAAUCCCAUCAUUUCCUGGUGAAGGUUCCCAUGUAAUCAAAAAGCCAAAAAUAAAUGGAGAGAAAAACAGAAUUAACAUUGAAUAAUCAAGGCCAUAUAAACAGGUACCGUUAAUCCAGAAAAUGAAUGCCAGAGUGGCCUAAAGGGCUUCAAUGCAGAAGGGACAUUUGUAAAAAAAAUAUAUAUUGACUGCUUUACGUGUUCCUAUAUAUUUACUUCAUUUUGUGUAUUUCUAAACAUAGGCUGCCUUUCUAUCAGAGUUCCCAAAAACUUUCAAAGGACAGCAUAAAGGUAGUACAGGGAGCCAGCAACAUUAUGCGGGGUGGGGUGGGGUAGAAUAAAUAAGUAAAUUUGCCAUUUCCACUUACCAUUUAUUCUUUUUUCUUCCACCUACACACCCAGUAGGCUUUCCUUGCUUACCAGGCUUGGGGGAGGUAUCGGGGGGCCCAAGGAAGCCCUUGGGGCUCCUUCCUACAGCCCAGUAGGUAGCUCCCCACUUUGUGGGGUGGUGUUGGCUCUUGGGAUUCCUAGAAUUUGCCUUUGCACACAGACCCCCAGAACCAAACUACCACAUAAUUGGUGGGCCAACUGUAUUCCAAAACGCAACCCAAACAGUAAAAAAACAAAAACAAACCAACCCACAGACAAUAACCAAACAGCAGCAGCAACAGAACUAACGGCAAUCAAAUAAAAACAACCAGCCUGCUUCAGUCUUUCCAAAGCAACACAAACAGGCAAGCAGAAUAACCUAAAGCAAAUAGCCCAUGUUAUAAUUAAAUGUUAAAUGUUCUUCCUUGCAAUAUGCACUUGUUAUUUCUUCCCCUCUAGGAGUGGUCUCCUCUAAUGGUCUCACCUGGAAACAACAGAGAAAAUUUGCCAUAUCAAUGCUCAGAAACUUUGGUUUGGGUAAAAGGACUUUAGAAGAACGAAUACAGGAAGAGAGCCAAUACCUAAAGGAAGCUAUUGAAGCUGAGAAAGGUGCGAAACAGUCAAAGAAGACUAUUUCCUAUGAAAGGUUAAAAAAUGCAUUGGUCAUGGUAUGAAGCUUUCAAGUGCUGCUUUGUGCAAAUGCAGCUCUGCUUUAGAUGGGCAUCAAUGUAAAACUCAGCCCAGGGGUAUAUCCAUUGUGGGUCUUAUUUCUCCCAUAGCCACAAGCCUUGGAUUCAAACAGAAAUCAAACACUGUGCUCUGAAGCUCUCCAGCUUGCUCUUUUACUUCUAGGUCACAUCCCUGCAAAGUCUACCCUAGACUCUCUCACUGCAGUCUGAUGGAGGGGCCUUUCCCCCAAGUGAUCACCUCAUGAGACAGCUAGCCUACCUUAUGUUUUAACGUUUGCUGCCUCCAGGGAUUCAAAAGUGCUAGCACCCAUAACCUCAAAACAACAUAGAUAUAAAAUCUUACAGAACAAUGUGCUAGAAAGCUUAUACCUAUAGCUGUGCAGUUUUCCUUAGCAUGCCCCCCUAAGUAUAAAAUUCAUCCACUGUGCCGUCUAGACAUCCCCUAUCUGAAGAACAUCUGCUGUGCCCCCAUACUCUGUCCAGACCCACCCACUUCCCCCACCUUCUGUUUUUGUUACGUGGAAGCCAUAAGCAGUCUUAUUCCUUCUCCAUUUUCUUCUUCUCUCCCUCUCCAGGGCAGCCAUUUGACCCUCACUUUCAGAUUAAUAAUGCUGUUUCAAAUAUCAUUUGUUCUGUCACUUUUGGGGACCGCUUUGAUUACCAUGACAGUAAUUUCCAGAAGUUAUUGCUCUUCCUUGAUGAGAUAAUAUAUCUUCAGGGAUGUAUGUGGACUCAGGUAGGUCUUCUGGUCCCAGGCACACUCCCACAUUUUUGUUGACUGUUCAUUGAUUUGCUUUCGGCCCUCAUGUUUCUUUAUCAUCUUAUUUCUUUUUUCCCUUUGUGCCUCAUACACCAUCCCAUAUCCCCUUGAAAUCUUGUCUUGUCUUCACAUUAUCUAUUAAAAUACCAAAGGUAGGGCCUGUUUAUAAGCUGGAUUUAAGAUCCAGAGCAUGUCUUGCAAUGAACCCAGUGAUGCAAUCCCAAAGGACAUACACGGCUUAAUUCCACACUCCCCUCUUACCAAUUAGAAUCUGUGAAAGGCCCCCCAUGCAGAUAGGCAUCACCAAAUGAGAAAACUACAUUCAUGGGAAGGCAUCACAUGGAUUGCUACCUCCUUUGAUAGUAGCAUGAUCUGCAACUGUUAUGAGAGGGCUUUCCCUGAACAAAUCUGAUGUUAGUAUUUGUUUCCUCAGAUGUACAACGCAUUUCCCGCUCUCAUGAAGCACUUGCCAGGGCCCCAUCAGACUGUUCUUAAAAACUGGGGACAACUGAAAUCCUUUGUGAGAGAAAUCAUUGAAAAACAUGAAGAAGACCGGAACCCAUCUGCACCCAAAGAUUUCAUAGAUGCCUAUCUAAAUCAAAUGGCCACGGUAAGAAACAAAAAGUAUAGUUUGUGUAGUAGCAGUAAUAGAAAGCAGAGACAAAAUCUAAAGGACCAGAACUUACCCUGUUUUUCAUUGGCUCUGUAUGAAAGCAGCCAAAGAGGUGAGGGUACAUGUGUGUACAAGUGCAUAUACAUGAAUAUGAAAUAAUGUGUAUCCAGGGGUGACCCACCACCACUUGUCCUGAAAUCCACCAGAUUCACAGGGCUGUUGACUUGGCUGUGCUAGAUCCAGGACACUUGUCAGGAAUAGAACUCAUGAAUCUCACUCAUUGUCAUCACUUGAUAUAUAGGACUGAAACUGGGAUGGUGUUUUUAAUGACAGAUGAACCCUUUGGUGCAUUUUCUUUGUUUUAAGGAGGAUGCUGCUUCCAGUUUUCAUAAAGACAACCUCCUACAAUCAACACUGGAUCUCUUUCUUACUGGAACAGAAUCAACUUCCACAACCCUGCGCUGGGCCUUGCUUUACAUGGCCAUUUUCCCGGAAAUUCAAGGUAGAGCCAUCAUUUGCUUACUUGUCUUUGAUUACUUUGGGUUUGGAGUAAAUCUAUUGCAAUUAAGCAAUGUAACCUAUAGGCUAUUAAGUUCAAUUUGUUUUCCAUGAGUAUGACAGACAUUGAAUAGCGCCAGUGCUUUGUUUCUAGAAAAAAAAAAGGUGCCAGUAAUAAUAAUAAUAAUAAUAAUAACAAUAAUAAUAAUAAUUUAUUAUUUAUACCCCGCCCAUCUGGCUGGGCCUCCCCAGCCACUCUGGGCGGCCUCCAUAGAAACCAAAAAUACACUAAAAUAUCACACGUUAAAAACUUCCCUGAACAGGGCUGCCUUAAGAUGUCUUCUGAAUGUCAGGUAGUUGUUUAUCACUUUGACAUCUGCUGGAAGGGCGUUCCACAGGGCGGGCGCCACUACCGAGAAGGCCCUCUGCCUGGUUCCCUGUAGCUUUGCUUCUCGCAAUGAGGGAAGCGCCAGAAGGCCCUCGGCGCUGGACCUCAGCGUCCGGGCAGAACAAUGGGGGUGGAGACGCUCCUUCAGGUAUACUGGACCGAGGCCUUUUAGGGCUUUAAAGGUCAGCACCAACACUUUGAAUUGUGCUCGGAAACGUACUGGGAGCCAAUGUAGGUCUUUCAAGACCAAUGUUAUAUGGUCUCGGCGGCCGCCCCCAGUCACCAGUCUAGCUGCUGCAUUCUGGAUUAGUUGUAGUUUCCGAGUUACCUUCAAAGGUAGCCCCACGUAGAGCGCAUUGCAGUAGUCCAAGCGGGAGAUAACCAGUACACACCAUGAAGUUGUUACAAUAAGUGCCACACUUUUAACAUCCAUUAAAAGGUUGCUGGUGGUUCAUACCAUUGAGUACCACCAGGAAACAAAAGCUGAAUUCCACGGUUCCCUUUUUUGGAUGAGUUCCCAAUGCCAUGUUGGUAUGUUACUAUGUCAGAUACAUAGAUAUAGGAUGGGAGAUAUCUGGCUUGACAGCAGAACAUGUGAAAAGGAUCUGGGGGUCUUAACAUGAAUCAACAGUGUGAUGCAGUAGCAGCAAAAGAAAAAGAAACCCUAAUGCAGUUCUAGGUUGCAUCAACAGUAGUAUAAGAUCAAGUGAAGUAAUAGAACCACUAUGUUCUGCCUUGGUCAGACCCCAACUGGACUACUGAUUUCAGUUCUGGGCACCACAGUUUGAGAAGGCUAUUGAUAUGCUGGAAUGUGUGUGGAGGAGGGUGACACAGAUGAUCAAGGGUCUGGAACCAAGCCAUCUGAGGAACGGUUGAGGGAGUUGGGUAUGGGAGGACAUAUGAUACCCAUCUUCUAAUCUCUGAAGGGCUCUUAUGCGGAAGAUGGAGCAAGUUUGUUUUCUGUUACUGCAGAGGGUAAGACCUGAGCUAAUGGAUUCAAAUAUUAGGAGGAGCUUUCAGACAGUGGAAUGGACCACCUCAGAAGGUGGUGGACUCUCUUGGAUGACCAUCUACCAAGGAUUCUUUAGCUGUGAUUCCUGUAUUGCAGGGGUUGGAAUACAUGACCCUUGGAGUCCCUUCCAAUUCUACAAUUCUAUGAUUCCAUGAAUCCUUGCCUCUAGUCUAAGCUAUAGGUUCAAUAGCAACUACAAUAAGGUAAUUUCAUAGCAAAAUGUGGAAAUGUUUUUGUUCUCUUAGGGAUUCAAAAUUAGAAUGGGAGCUAGGUUGUAUGAAUGAUGUUCUGUGGUCUGCCUCAGGAUAUUUUCUGGAGUGAUUCAAAAAUGCAGUAGGUCUAGACGUAUUAAUAUGUUGUUAUGUAAAUUGAUUAAUUUAUUUUGUUGAAUCAACUCAAGCAAAUACAGAAAGGAGAUACAUAGGGUGGAAUUCAACUUCAAAUUAUGAUUCCAUUUCCUCAUCCCCAGUGUUGAAUAGUGGGUAGACAUAGCAGACAACGCAGCGAUUUCUCCAAAGCAGCUCUUUAUUUGUAAGCUGGAACAGAACUGAGCAGCAAACAGCUCAGCCGGCCUGCUUUUAUACAUUGUAGCAACAACAACCCAGGGUUUCCCGCCUAAAGUAACUGACGUGGACCUGAGUGAAAACUAUAUACAGUGGUACCUCGGGUUACAUACACUUCAGGUUACAGACUCUGCUAACCCAGAAAUAGUACCUCAGGUUAAGAACUUUGCUUUAGGAUGAGAACAGAAAUUGUGCUCUGGCGGCGCAGCAGCAGCAGCGGGAGGCCCCAUUAGCUAAAGUGGUGCUUCAGGUUAAGAACAGUUUCAGGUUAAGUACGGACCUCCGGGACGAAUUAAGUACUUAUCCUGAGGUACCACUGUACACGAUACUCCUAGGGGCCAGGGUGAGAACUUCAAUACAUAACACCAUUACUGUCUUCUCCCACUGUGUGAUGUUCUGGGGGGGGGGGUCCUGAGCUACUAGAGAUUAGGGGAAGUGGGAGGAGAGAGGGGUGGGGAAGUCCCAUUGUGCUGGCACCUGCUGGCACAAACAGCUUAGUUAAGACUCACCAUUGUAUACUUACUGUAAAUGUGUGCUAGUAUUUGAUGUUCAAAUGCAAGAAAUUCAAAUGCGAACCAUAGCAUCCCUUACAAAAAUGUCCUCAAGCUUUGCUUCCUGAAUCAUAAUGUGAUUUAUGCCACACUGAAGCCAGUUAAUAUCAUAGGUGUCUUUCAUUCACAACACUUCGUUUAGCAAGUAGUUGACCAUAAAAUGUACCUCUUUCAACAUGACUUCUAAAUGGAGAUUGUUAACUCAGUUGCUUGCUGUUUUGCAUUUGAUCUGAAUUGAUUAUAUGUAUGAGCUGAUGUUCUUUUAAGUGUUAUAUCAUAUGCAUAUAUAAUUAUUAAUAUGUAACUGUUUUUGUAUAUGUAACUGCUUUAUAUACUUUAACUGUUUUUAAUGUGUGAUUUUUGCUGUGGUUUUAUAAUUUGCUGGAAGCUGCCCAGAGUGGCUAGGGCAACCCAGUCAGAUGGGCAGGAUUUAAAUAAAUCUUCUAUUAUUUUUAUUUUAUUUUAUUUUAGUUAUUAUUUGGACAGGAUUCGCUGAAGGAGUCCUGUCAGCUGAAGCUGUGCGCAUGGACUUCCACUUGUGCAAAAAGGCUUCCCUCCACUCCUCUCCCUGUACUUCUGUCUCACACACCCUGAAAUUGCUUCAAGGAGGUUGUGAGAGGCCACAGAACAGUGCGGAAGGGGAAGGGGGGGACUUUCCAUCUGGCAAGCUACAAUAAACGGUGCAGUCAAAACAAUUCUAUUUAGGCAGUAGAUGGACCAUUCCAACUAGAGAUCUUCAGCUCUCAGUUUUUGUCUGUUCUUCUUGUAUUGAAGCUAAUCUUCUUCAUUUGCAGCCAGAGUCCAAGCGGAAAUAGAUUCUGUGAUUGGCCAGUCUCGCCAGCCAGCGAUAGGUGACAAGGACAGCAUGCCCUAUACCAACGCGGUUGUUCAUGAAGUUCAAAGGAUGAGCAGCAUUGUGGCACUGAAUGUGCCCCGGAUAACAACUAAGGACACAACACUGGCUGGGUUUCAUGUGCCCAAAGUAAAUGUUAAGAACAUAAAGCUCUUCUUGUUUGUUUUUGCUCUUCCAGUAAAAAGCACAAGCUUUUAAUGUUUGAUGUUUUAUUGUGUUUUUAAUAUUCUGUUGGGAGCUGCCCAAAUGGGCUAGGGAGGCCCAGCCAGAUAGGCAGGUUAUAAGUAAUAAUUUAUUUAUUUAUUUUAUUUUAUUUUUAUUAGGCCAUCAUGGUGCCAUCCAGAUGUUGUUGGACUCCAACUGCCAUCAGUUCCUGCCAGCAUGACCAACAGGCAGGGAUGAUGAGGCUGUAUCCCCAAACAUCUGGAGGGCAUCAUGUUGGUAACCUCUGGUCUAAAUACAGAGUUGUACCAGUCUCAGUUUGAAUGGGUAGCUAGUCUGUCAGAAAUUAGCCAGUAUCUGGUGUUGCUAACCCUGAAUUUUCGUAGUCCAGCAGACUUUGAAUGUCUUUUAAAAUCUAUAUUGGAACUGUGCUUUUGUGGGAAAUCUUUGAAUGAAUUACUUAAUAAUGAAAAGUAAAUAUUGCAUUCAGAACAUUUCCUUUCUCUGUCAGGAGAUAUAGGUUUAGUACUGCUGUAAUUUCAAAGAGAAUACUUGAAAGCGCCUUGUCAUUUUUAUCUACUUUCUUCUCUGCUUCUCCUUUGGCAGGGAACCAUAUUGCUCACCAAUUUGACCUCUGUGCUGUUUGACAAGGAUGAGUGGGAAACACCCAAUGAGUUUAAUCCUGGCCAUUUCCUAGAGAAUGGUCAGUUCCGGAAAAGGGAAGCAUUCCUGCCAUUCUCUGCAGGUAACAAAAGUUGAGGAGCUGCUCACCAGAAUCGCAACAGGGCCUAUAUGAUGGCGACUUACUUACUGAGUGCUGGGUAUAUUACUAACUAUAUUGUGCAUUUCAGGGGUCACCAACCUUUUUGGACAGUGAGUACUUUUGGCAUUUAAGAAAGUGCUAUGGGCACCAAUCACAAAAUGGCUGCGCUUGGGGCUGUGGUGUACAAAAAAAUAGUUUUGACAUGACACCCCAGCAAAGUAUGGAUUUUUGAGGGGGUGUUUACUGAGAUCUUUAAUGAGUGCCAAAGGUGGCUCAGACAGUCCUUGAGGGCUAGGGUGUAUUGUUUACAGCAGCGGUCAGCAAGAUUUAUCUUGCCUGGGCCAGAACGGUCCUGCAGAGAUACCUCCCUGGGCUGGAUCGCAUGUGUGCAUGAGCGCGCCCACCUGUGAAUUUCGGUGUCUGCAUCUGCACAGGUGCGAUUUUCAGUGUCUGUUCAUGGUGCCGCGGAAGCAUAUUCCCCUCAGGGAAUAUGAGAAACAUUGUGUGUGCAAGCUUCCCUCUCCAUGUUCACACAGUUGUUUUCUUCUCUGCACCCUGCUUCUCACCAUGCAGCUUAGAAAGUAAGCCACUUGUGGGGGAAAGGGAUCUGUUUCCCUGUGGGUGAAUUGCUUUUGCCCUACCGUCCUCAUCCUUUCAGCUUGCUGUCCUUCCCUCCUUCCAGCUCCUAGCAUUGCUCUUUCCCCCCCACACCCCUUAACCUUACUCUCCGUCUCCUCUCCCAACACCUCAUGUUACCCUCACUGUGUUGUGUUGUGUGUUUGUGACAUUAUGUCUACAUUGUGGUCUGGCCCUUCCCACUGCUUGGUCCCUCCAACAACUUUAUUGAUUGACUGACUGACUGACUGACUGACUGACUGACUUAUUUUUUAUUGCCUGUUCUAAGCUGAAUGUUUUCAGUUAGUCUAAUGCGACCCUUUCUCCAAAAAACAAAACCACAUAUUUCCAUCCUGAUGCAAUUUCCUGAAACAUUUGUAAGAUCUUUUUUGGGGGUCAAGGUGAAUGCAGAGUUUUGGGUUAAGCCAGUUAACUGGAUAUUAACUGAAUGAUAGUUGGUUUUUAUGAUGUUUUCUAUAAUCUAGCAGUAUAUAAAUUUUAUGAAAUAAAUAAAUAAAAUAAAUAAAUCUCCACAUCUUUGAAAUGUGAGAGGGAAGCUGUAAGGUUAGGGAUGAACAGAUCUGCCAACUUUGGUUUCCUUCAUUUUUCCAAUCUUAAAUUCAAUUCUCCAUAUUUCAGCAGCAAUCUGCAAUAGAAAAGAAAACCCAUUUAAGUGCAUGUUUUUCUUAUUGACACAUUUUUAAAGCUCGCUGUGACUAAUUUACCCAAUUUUGUAAACAAUUCCUCUAAUAUAAUGAAUCUUUGUAUGUUCUUUUCUCUAAUAUAUGAAUUUUUUUUACACUUUCCCUUUAUAAGUCUUUUUGUACAAAUGGGUUGGUUGGAGACUGCACUGUAAAUAUGAAAGAAUGGCUGUUUUGUGUGUGUGUAUAUGCAUGCCUGUAUUCAUAUUUAGGGAGAUUGCUAUGAAGAUGUAAACUCUACUAACAUAGUCUCUCUCUCUCUCUCUCUCCCCCCCCCUCCCUCCCUUUUAGGAAAGCGAGCUUGUCUUGGAGAGCAGUUGGCAAGGAUCGAGCUUUUUAUUUUCUUCACUGCCCUACUUCAGAAGUUCACUUUCCAGGCUCCAAAAGGCGUGACAUUAAGCCUUGACCAUCGGUCAGGUCUUACGUUAUCCCCCCAGCCGUACCGGAUAUGCGCAAUCUCUCGCUGAGGGGACUCAUUUUAUGGCACUGCUCAUUAAAAGAAGAUGGUGAAGAAUUUGGCCAGCACUGCCUCCUUAGUUUCUGUCCUUAGGAGGACAGCUCAAUAGUCAUAGCUCUAGUAAUGCAUGUCUGUUGUAUUUAGAAGGCCUCAGGUUCAAUCUACAUGACUGGUGUGUGGUUCUUCUCAUAAAUGAUCUCAAGUAUGUGACUUUUAAAAUUGUCCUGGGGGCACAGCUAGGGCAAUGUCUUAUAAACCAGCAAAGCCUUGUACCUGAACCACUUCAACAUUCAAAUGCCAGAUCAAUAAUUUACUAUUGAGAAAGGUUGCAGAUGUCUGGUAAAUUGUAGACUUUGAUACUCAAGCUGUAGUUGGUCUACAGGUCAUGGCAAAUUUUAAUUUGGUUCAAACAGCUAAUUUAAUGAAAAAGGCUUACUAAAAAAGUUUUUGUAAGUUGGCAGUGCAGAAGCACUGUGUACUUGGGCCAAUUUAGCAAGGGCCAAUCUGUGUACUUGGCAAUCUAGCAAGUUAAUGUUUAUUAGAGACAUCAGUGCUUAUGACAUAGGUGCAUAGAGUGAUUUUAAAAGGAUUGCUAGCCUGGAUCCUUGGGGUGUGCUUAUUUAUAACCCAUCUUUUAAAUGGUAGUCUGCCUUUGUAGGAUAAUUUCUUCAUUCCAAUUUCUAUUCCCUUCUCUCAGGACUUCUCUUCACUAGUGAUAAAAAGUUCUAAAUUGUGUAAUACUUGAUUUGGUAAUAAAGCCUUGAACUUUCAUUUUUGGGCUGGUUGAUUACCCUGGUUGUUCUCCUUGCAUCCCCCUUUGGCAAAGAAAAGAUCCCAUGUGGUGUGUCUGAGGCCUCAUCAACCUUGGCAAUACACUGCAAGAUUGUUGUUUAAAGUUUCCAUUCCAGUUCUACCCCAAACUGAGUCUGUGACAAUAGGCAGUAUCUGCACUAUAUACAUAUACAGCAGUAUCAUACAGUUUUAUACAGUCAUAGAAUCCUGUUAAGGGCAUGGAGAGUUGUGAGGAAACCCUUGUAGGACUACAUCUAAGAUAUAUGGGGUGGGAUUCUGCUUGCACAAGAGGGCUCCCCCCCCCACUCUCCUCCAGGGGAACCCCCCUAAAAACUUGGCUCAGGUGAGAGUAUGGGGUGAGGGGGUGGGAAUCUAUUUGUCUGGCAAUAUGAAAUACUUGCCCUGCUGGAGCUUUUGCACAUUGUUGAAUUCCUCCCCUAAUGUAGAAGUAGCCCUAGAGGGAAGCAGCGAGAAGACACUCUGAAAGGUCAGUGACUAAUUUGUAGAACUAGAGACCUUCCUUUCAAGGGUGGCUUAAAGCCUUCUUUUCCUAAAAAGAACCUGAGUUGUGUCCAUGUUGUGGUCAAGACAGUGGUGGACUUUGGGGUCUCAAAUUUCAAGAGCAGCCUGUGCAAUGCCAAAAAUGGUCUCCCCCCCCCAUUUAUCUCACUCCAUUCUAAAUCACAGUUGCAGCAUCCCUGCCACUCUCCCCUAAAUCUACAUCUGCUCAGGGCCAGCUUGAGAGCUUCUCUCUCUCUUUACCGUCAGCUUGUUCACUUCUGCAUCUUCUUUUCCGGAAGGUGGAGUAAAAUGGAAGGAUAUGAAGUGGACUAGGACCUGGGCAACAAGGAUUCAACUCCUCACUCAGCCAUGAAGCGCACUGGGUAACCUUGGGCCGGUCACUAUCACUUGACUUAACCGACCUCACAGGCUGCUUGUGAUGAUAAAAUGAGGAAGAGAACCAUUAAUGCCACCAUAGGUGGAAUAUAAUCGUAAUAAUUUAAAAGUAAAUAUAAAAUAAAGAAAUAUAAUAUCUCCAGCCAUCCCACCCCAUCCCACAUCAGAUUUUGGAUUGUAGGAGUGGGGGUUGUGUUUGUAGGAAACUGGCUUUAGAAUUGGGAGUUGCUGAACCUGUUCUGGUCUGAAGAUAUCAAAGAGCUAGCAUUGAUUUGCACUUGCAGAUAAUUCUUCUACAAAUGUCAGCUAAGAUACUAAUCUUUACUCUUCAAAACAAGUGAAAUUUAACCUGUUGGGUCUGAGCAGCCAGAGGCAAGAUGAGUCCUAUCCUAUAUGAGAUGAGAUGAUCCAUUGAGACAACCUCCUCAGACCCUUAGAAAGAACUGGAGAAACUUAUUGGUUUAGAGUCUUUAAUAUGUGUCACAAACCUGUUUUAAGUAGUGGUUCCAACUUAAAGAUGCUGUUACACCUUUUUCCAAGAAAUGACAGACUAUUGUUGCUUAUGGUAUUUUAAGCUACAUUUAGUACAUGUGAAAAGGGUGUGUGUGUGUGUUGAAAGUGAAAACAAGAAGGAAAUAUUCUGAUUCAGAAAACUACUCUCCCCCUUCCCCCUAAGAAGAGUUACUCAAUAAGCCAUCUCCUUCAGCCUCCUGGUUGGUGUGAUGUAAAGCAAUAUAUGGGUUGCAAACUUUGCCCUGGUUUCUUACAUAAACAUUUACCAAGAGGAGAGGUAUAACUGCUCUCCUGGGAUCAGAUUUCUGUUCUCCCAACAGAAAACAGUUUGCUCUGACAAAGGAAGGCUUGAAAGGUUCCAAGAUGCUGCUCCAGUUGCUCUCUGUCCUCUGGGAGGCCUUGUCCCUGCAAGUUGUUCUGGUGUUUCUGGCAACAUUUCUACUUCUUGCUGAUUACAAGAAAAGGAUUCGCCCAAGGGAUUUCCCCCCAGGGCCGAGGCCUCUUCCCUUGCUGGGUAAUAUACCACAUUUUGGUGCAAAGGACCCACAUUUGGCAGCGCGGAAGGUAAGAAUGAAGGAAUGAACCAGAUGAUGAGAAAUCAGGUGACGUUGCAGUGGAAAGGAGUGUAAAAACCUCACUGGAAAAUGAGGCUUACAGUAGAUGCCCCAGUCUAGUAUCCUGAUUCCAAGAGUAGCCAGCCAGAGGUCUCUGAGAAGCCCACAGCUGAGGCAUGAAGGCAAAUGCAUCUCCUGUGGUUUGUUCCCAGCAUCUGGUAUCCAGAUGUGUAUGGCCUCUGAAUCUGGGGGAUCUAUUUUGCCUAACAGUCAUUGGUAACAAACCUGUGUCCACACCUGCCAUAAAAGGUAGGAUGGUUGUUUGCAUGAUUCUAUUUUGUUAGCAGGUUAUUCCACCACUUCUUCCUUUUCGCUCUAACUCUGGUCAGAAAAAAGUCACAUAUUUGCUAUGAGCCACGUAUUGCUUGGGUAUGUUAAUGACCAGCUAGCUCUGUCCAGCUCUGGUCCAGAGGUAAGUUUGCUUUUCUCAUGUUCCCCUCUUAAACAGGAUGCCAAACAGUUUCGCAGGUUUGCUUAGACUAUAUACCUGUGGAAGACAGGAGUGCCUGGCGUGCUCUGGUCCAUGGAGUCAUGAAGAGUUGGAAACGACUAAACAACAACAUAUACCUAAUAGAUGUGACACAUAAAACACAACUUUCUGCUUGCUUGCUUGCUUGCUUGGGGUCAGUUAGUGCAAUAGGAUGUUUCUUUUUAAAAAGACACUUUCUGAAUCUAAGGAGGCAGGAAGAGGACAGCAGGAAGCUGGGAAGUCCCAUCAUUUUUUCUUACUUUUUCCUGUCCCCCUCACACUAUGGCACUGAGGACACAAUAUUGGCUAUCCCUCACAACUGCUGACAGAGGGGUACAUAGGGUACAUAUGUACAAGGCUCCAAGCCAACAGGGACCCAAAGCUCUCUCUCUCUCUCUUAAAGUAAAUUAGACAUUUCUAAAGAAACUUAUAAUAAAAAAGUAGAAGCUUCUUGUUGCUGCAAGCCUCAAGCUGGAUGAGUGGAGAGGAACACUUGUGUACACAAAGCAUUUUUGUGUCUAUGUCAUUUCCUUCUUUCCCCUAGUGUGUUGCUUUUAUAGAAUGAAAUGUUUUAAAUUAUUUAACUCCUUUGAAAAAAAUAACUUCAUACUGAGAAGAACAUGAUGAUAUGCAGUGCUCCCUGAUCUUCCACGUCCCACAAAGCCACAACUGGCAAGCAAAUUAAAAUUCCUAUAGACGACGCUUUACUAUAAGGAUCCCCUCACCCUUAUCAAGACUGGAAAAAUGUGUGUGUGUGCUUUUGUUUGUGUGUUUUGUUGUACGUUAGCCUACCCUCCUGCUCUUAUCUUUGCAACAUUCCUGUGUGGUAGGCUGGCCUAAGUUAAUAUACGGUAUGUGCAGAAGCAGCAGCUCUUGCCAAUAGAUUGCAGGAGGAGAAUGGAGGGGGCUGUCCAUGUACUGGGCCCAAUAAACCCUUUUGGCAUCUCUGAUGUCCCUGGUAUAUUUGAGAGAAACCAAGAUUACAUCUUCCAUACAGGCAUUCUAUAAAUAUCAAGCAGGCAAAUUAAUAUAGAAUAUUAAUAAAGACCACAUAGGGAUAUUUUAUCCUGUCUUGCAUUCUUCCUCUCCUUCCAGCUGGCAGAAAAAUAUGGCAAUGUCUUCAGCAUUCAGGUUGGGAAAACAUGGAUUGUGAUUGUGAAUGGAUUGCGUCUGGUGAAAGAAGCUCUUGUCCAUCAGGGUGAAAACUUCAUAGAUCGUCCUAAUCUUCCUUUUACCAAGGAAAUCGCUAGGGGAUUGGGUGAGUUACUUUUAAUUAUGGUCAAUUGUUUAAAUAACAUUAUCUCAUCAUUUCCUAUUGCCUAUCUAAUCAAAAAGCCAAAAAUAAAUAGAAAAAAACCAGAAAUAUCAUUAAAUAAUCAAGACCAUAUAAACAUUAAACAGGUACCAUUAAUCCAGAAAAGCAAUUCCAGAGUGUCCUAAAGGGCUUCAGUGCAGAAGGGACAUUUGUAAAAUAUAUAUUGACUGCUUUACGUGUUCCUAUACGUUUACUUCAUUUUGUGUAUUUCAAACAUAUGCUGCCUUUCCAUCACAGUUCCCAAUUUUUUUCACAGGGCAAAGUUAGUACAGUGGGCUAAUAACCUCCACUUAUUUUACAUAUGGGAGUGCAACCUUAUGUGGGGGGAGGGUAAAUAAAUAAAUGGUGGGGGACACUUUCCAUGCACGCUCUUCAUUUCCUCCCACCUGCACACUCAGUAGAUUUUUGUUGCUUACUGGGAAGUCCAUUCCACUGUCAAACAGUUCUUACUGUCACAAAGUUCUUCCUGGUGUCUAGUCAGAAUCUCCUUUUUUGUAACUUGAAGCCAUUGGUUUGGGUUCUCCAGAGAGGGAGAGAACAAACUUCCUCAAUCUUCCAUGUGACAGUUCUAAGAUGGUUAUCAUAUCUCCUCUCAAGUUUCCUCUUUUCCAGGCUAAACUUGCCCAGCUACCUCAGGCAUUGCUCAUAAGACUUCUGUUCUAGACCCUUAAUCAUCUUGGUUGCCCUGCUCUGCUUGCUAUUUCUUCUCAUCUAGGAGUGUUGACCUCUAAUGGUCUUACCUGGAAACAACAGAGACGAUUUGCCAUAUCAACACUCAGAAACUUUGGUUUGGGUAAAAGGACUUUAGAAGAACGAAUACAGGAGGAGAGCCGAUACCUAAAGGAAGCUAUUGAAGUUGAGAAAGGUGCGAACCAGAGUCAAAAAAGCCUAUUUCAUAUGAAAGGUUAAAAAAUACAUUUGUCGUGGUAUGAAGCUUUCAAGUGCUGCUUUGUGCAAGUGCAGCUCUGCAUAAGCUGGGACAUCCCCAUGGUUAGAUGGGUGUCAAUGCAAAACUCAGUCCAUUGUGGCACGUAGGAGUUCAGCUGCCAUUAAAAUGCAGAAGCCUCUGCUAAGGUCAGGCUCCAUGUAUGCAGUGAGACCUGCAGUUGAAACCCAAAGUCACUUAACUAGUAUAGGAGAGCAACAGAAUUGGUACGCUGUGUGUUUUGAGGGAAGUGUGCCGAUUUUGAUAGCUUUGACAAAGUCACAAAUGGAAUUUGUGCAAUAGUUCCUGUGUCUAUUUUCUGUCUCUGUCAUUUUUGCAGGCCUUUGUUGCCAAACCUACUGCCUUGGCAAAACAUUGUUGCACACACACGAACCUCCAAGCAGUGUGAGAUUUCCCAGCCUUUGUGUUUCCUUUUUUGAAGAGACUAAUGUCCAUUUAUGAUAUAUGGUUUAUUUACACACGUAUACAACAUGAACCUAGGAUGGGGCAAGGGAGUCACAAUAUUAACACUCCCAAUGGGAGUGCUUGCAGUCUCCCACAGAGGUCCUUUCCUUUGUUUCCCAUAAUAGCCCAUCCCCCAGGUAAUCACCUCAUAAGGAAGGUAGCCUGGCUUAUGUUUUAACACUUGCUGCAUCCAGGGAUUGAGGGGGUCUGGCCCCCACAACCUCAAAACAACAUCUCACAGAACAAUGUGCUAGAUAGCUUAUACCUAUAGCAUGUGCCACUAAGAGUAUAAAACUCCAUCACUGCGCCAUCUAAACAUCCUCUAUCUGAAGAACCUCUGCUGUCCCCCCCAUACUCUGUCCAGACCCACCCACUUCCCCCACCUUCUGUUUUUGUUACAUGGAAGCCAUAAGCAGUCUUAUUCCUUCUCCAUUUUCUUCUUCUCUCCCUCUCCAGGGCAGCCAUUUGACCCUCACUUUCAGAUAAAUAAUGCUGUUUCAAAUAUCAUUUGUUCUGUCACUUUUGGGGACCGCUUUGAUUACCAUGACAGUAAUUUCCAGACGUUUCUGCGCUUCUUUGAUGAGAUAAUGUAUCUUCAGGGAAGUAUUUGGAUUCAGGUACAUCUUCUGUGAGAUCUUAUGGGUAACCACAACAGAGUCGCUCUGGUUCCAGGCACACUCCCACAUUCUUGUUGACUGUUCAUUCAUUCGCUUUGGGCCAUCAUUGUUCUUUAUGUUCUGAUUUCUUUUUCUCCCUUGAACUUGUAAUUCAAGCAUCUCACCCCAUACCAAGUCCCUUUGACAUCUUGUUUUUAUUUAACAUUGUCUAUCAUAAUACUGAAGACGUAUGGGUGUCUUCAGUAUUAUAAGGCAGGCAUCACAACUAAAAAUCAUGUGCUAUGACACAUUUUAGGCCUUUAAGUGGGGAAUCACAUGAGUAACUAAAUAAAAUCAAAGAAUUUGGACAAGUAGCAUAUAUCAUGAGAAGGCUAGUUAGUUUUAUUUUCCAUAUUGGGAACAUUCUCACACUGUGCUGGAAUAUUUAUGUAGCUAAAUAACACUGGGUAUUGAGUGGUGUUCAUAAGCAGGACUUAAGAUCCAGAGCAUGUCUUGCAAUGAACACAGUGAUGCAAUCCCAAGUAACAUACACAGCUUAAUUCCAUACUCUCCACCUACCAAUUAGAAUCUGUGAAAGGCCACUCCAUGCAGAUAAGCAUCAUCAAAUGGGAAAGCUACAUUGGCAUCAUUUUCCUGAUAUCAUCAGGCAAGGUGCAUGCAUUUUUCAAACAGGUAGCCAUCUUCAUGGGAAGCCAUCGCAUGGAUUGCUACCUCCUUUGAUAAGAGCAUGAUCUGCAACUGUUAUGAGAGGGCUUUCCCCGCACAAAUCUGAUGCUAGUAUUUGUUUCCUCAGCUGUACAAUGCAUUUCCCACUCUCAUGAAGCACUUGCCAGGGCCCCAUCAGACCGUUAAAAGAAACUGGGGAGAACUGAAAUCCUUUGUGGGAGAAAUCGUUGAAAAACAUGAAGAAGACCGGAACCCAUCUGAACCCAGAGACUUCAUAGAUGCGUACCUGAAUCAAAUGGCCACGGUAAGAAACAAAAAGUAUAGUUUGUGGUAGUAUUAAUAGUAGUAAUGGUUAAUAAUAGAAAGCAGAGACACAAUCUAAAGGAUCAGAACCUACCAUAUAGUUUCCAUUGGCUCUGUAUGAAAGCAGACAAACUGGUGAGGUGUUUGUUUGUGUGUUUGCACACACACACACACACACACACACACACACACACAAAAGUGAAUAGGAAAUAAUGUAUAUCACCACUUGUCCAGUGCCUGAAUUUCACCAGAUUGACAGGGCUGUUGACUUGGCUGCGCUAGAUGCAGGACACUCGUCAGGAAUAGAGCUCAUGAAUCUCAUUGCUAUCACUUGAUAUAUAGGACUGAAACUGGGGUGGUGUUUUUAAUGACAGAUGAACCCUUUGGUGCAUUUUCUUUGUUUUAAGGAGGAUGCUGCUUCCAGUUUUCAUAAAGACAACCUCCUACAUUCAACACUGGAUCUCUUUUUUGCUGGAACAGAUUCAACUUCCACAACCCUGCGCUGGGCCUUGCUGUACAUGGCCAUUUUCCCGGAAAUUCAAGGUAGAACCAACAUUUGCCUACUUGUCUUUCAUUACUUUGGGUUGCACUCAACAAAUCCUCUAUUGAAAUCAAAGUAUCUGACUUAUUGGCUAUAUAACUUCAAUGUGCCUGCUGUAAAUUUGACUAACAUUGAGUACCAACCACCCUUCUCUUUAUCGAUCGAUUCCCAAUGCCAUAUUGCUAUGUUACUUUGCAAUAUAUGUGCUGUUGUUCUUUUAAGCUGUUGUGUAUUAAAAAUGUGAGAUGAAAGCAUCCAAAACGCUAAGUAAAGGGUUAUUGCUCACAAGGGCUGUAGAACUCUGUGAUGUCAUAUGUCUGAGGUUACUAUUUUCUGUUGGUUCAGUUUUGGCAGUUAUUAACAGUCUUAACAGCUAGGGCAGCAGUUAUGUUCUGUGGUGUUGCUGUCUGUCUCAAAGCUAGUCAGUGUGUAGCACCCUUAGUCAUUCUUAGAUACAAAUCUAUGUAAUAUGUAUUAGUUAACAUAAGUAACACCUACCUGAAUUGUAUGUUUAAUCUAACAAGGGCAAGUACACUGAGUAAAAGUUAUUCAAACUUUUAAAAAGACUGUAUUGUGUAGUUUUUAUAGGAGGGAAAAGGCAAAGGGUCAAACGACUUGGGCUGUCUUCCACAUAACUCUGUAAAGUUUAAUUCCCACAAAAAAUUAUAUAUGCAUAUGCUAUAAAUGUUUUUAUAUAUAAAAGCAGAAGCUCUGUGCAAGGACUUCACUUGUGCAACAGAGCAUCUCGCCACUGUACUUCUCUCUCACGCACCUUCAGAUUGGUCCAAGGAGGUUGGGAGAGGCCACAGAACAGUGCAGAAGGAGAAGGGGAAAGGGAACUUUCUAUCUGGCAAACUGCAAUUCUUCCGUUUAAUGAGCAAUCAGAAGAGCAAGAAUUUCCCCCAUAUGUUUUUAUUAUAUUGCAAAUUACUUUGGGGUGCCCACCGGGAAGUGAUCCUUAACUGAACUGGAAUGAUAAGAAAAUAAUUAAUAAAUGGUGCAGCCAAAACAAUUCUGUUUUGGCAGAAGAUGUACCAUUCCAACUAAAGGUGGGGAAAAAGGAGUCUUGAAUAAAUGCUUGCAUUCUGGUGGCAAAGGGCACCCAGAGGUGGAACGACGAGAUGGGCCUCCUCUGCAGAUAUUAUUUUAUGUCUGUUCCUCUUCUAUUUAUAGCAGAUGUUCUCUCUCUUUUUGCAGCAAGGGUCCAAGAGGAAAUAGAUUCUGUGAUUGGCCAGUCUCGCCAGCCAGCGAUGGAUGACAGGGACAGCAUGCCCUAUACCAAUGCGGUUGUUCAUGAAGUUCAAAGAAUAAGCAGCAUUGUGCCUUUGAAUGGGCCCCGGAUGACAGCUAAGGACACGACACUGGCUGGGCUUCAUGUGCCCAAAGUAAAUGUUAAGAACAUAUUGCUCUUCUUGUCUGUCUUUGCUCUUCCAUUAAACUGCACACACUUUAAUCCAAAGUUUAAACUAGGGGUAGCCAACAUUGUGCUGUCCAGAUGUUGUUGGACUCCAACUGCCAUCAGUUCCUGCCAGCAUGGCUGAUGGGCAGGGAUGAUGAGGCUGUAUCCCCAAACAUCUGGAGGGCACCAUGUGGGAACCUCUGGACUAAAUACAGAAUUCUACCAGUCUCAGUUUGAAUGCGUAGCUAGUCUGUCAAAAAUUAGCCAGUAUCUGGUGUUGCUAACCCUGAAUUUUCGUAGUCCAGCAGAUUUUGAAUGUCUUUUAAAAUCUAUAUUGGAACUGUGCUUUUGUGGGAAAUCUUUAAAUGAAUUACUUAAUAACGAGAAGUAAAUAUUGCAUUCAGAACAUAUUCUUUUUCUGUCAGGGGGUAGAGGCUUAGUACUGCUAUAAAUUCAAAUAUAUGUGAAAGCGCCUUGCCAUUUCUAAUCUACUACUCUGCUUUUUAUUUGGCAGGGAACCGUAUUGUUCGCCAACUUGACCUCGGUGCUCUUUGAUGAGGAUGAGUGGGAAACACCCAGUAUGUUUAAUCCUGGCCAUUUCCUGGAGAAUGGUCAGUUCCGGAGAAAGGAAGCAUUCCUGCCAUUCUCUGCAGGUAACAAAAGUUGAAGGGCUAUAUGAUGGCAGCUUAGUUACUGAGAGCUUGGUAUAUUGCUACCUAUAUUGUGUAUUGCAGUGGUCACCAACCUCCUUGAGCCAGUGGGCACAUUUGGCAUUUAAGAAAGUGCUGUGGGCACCAGUCACAAAAUGGCUGCUCUUUGGGGUGUAUGGUAUAACACAAAAUGGUGUUGACACUAGCGCAGUGUGGAUUUUUGAGGGGGUGUUUCCUGAUAUCUUUCAUGAGCAGCCCACAGGGAGUUAGGCUGUAUUGUUAAAGUGUUUUCUUCACUGCACCAUGAGAAUAGGAGCCUGCUUCUCACUACACAGUUCAGAACGUGAGCAACUUCUGGGGGAAUUAUUAACUGAAUCAUAUUUAUGAUGUUUUCUACAAUCAAACGGUAUAUAAAUUUUAUGAAAUAACUAAAACCUGUUUGCCUUCUUCACAUUUUUGGAAUGUGAGAGGGAAGCUGUAAGGCUAGGGAUGGAUGGAUCUGUCAACUUUGGUUUCCUUCAUUUUCCCAAUCUUACAUUCAGUUUCCCACAUUUCUUUUUUUAAAAAAAAUGAUAUUUAUUACUUUUCAAACCGUUUCAACACAACACUACAAACAAGAAAAGAAAAAAAGAACAAUACAAAUACAAUACAAAAACACUACAUACAAAACAAAACAGAAACAAACAAAUACAAUUUAAAAACACCUCAAACAUUUUCAAUAUCUUAUCUUUCAUUCGCUUAUUUCCAGCGACCUCCUCAAACCUCCCUUUUUGUAAUCCACUUCUAUUAAUUGUUUCAGCAAUUCCUUUCCAUCUUCCUCUGUUUUCUAUCCUAUAAUUAUCUUAACACAUUCUUGCCUUAUUUUUUCCUUUAAUUUUCUAUUAAUCUAUUUAUACUUAAUUCCUUAUAACAUUUCUACUAAAGCCAUAUAGCUUCAUUCCAACAUUCUUCUAAUAUUCAUUAAUUUUACAAUAUUUCUAUAAAUAGUCUUUAAACUUUUUCCAGUCUUCUUCCCCUGGCUCUUCUCCCUGGUCUCGGAUCUUGCCAGUCAUUUCCGCCAAUUCCAUAUAGUCCAUCAACUUCAUCUGCCAUUAUCCAACACUUCAGUGCUUUCAAGAAGCAGCCAUUCUCUCAGCCAGCAAAAAGCAGAUGGUUCACAACAAAGUUUAGGGGUCUGGCAGGGCAAAUCCACCUCCUUCUUUGGCAUCCGUCAAUAUCUUAAAUUUUACUCGAGGCUUCCUGCCCUGCCAAACAAAUCUAGAGACGUCCCUCUGCCACCUCCUGAAACAAUCCAUCCCAUCCAAAGCUUGCAAUGUUUGAAACAAAAGCAACAUCCCUGACGACACAGCAACCCUCAUCCCCACCACAGCAACUCUGCCCAACAAUAACGACUUCAGAUUUGUCCAUAUUUCCAAAUCCCCCUUCUCUUCAAUCCAACGUCCUUCACAGUUAUCCUUGAAUAAAUUCACAUUUCUGGCGGUCAUACUAACCCCCAAAUACCUCUCUUUCUCAACCAAUGUCAGUCCUGUCUCCUCCUGAAACUCUGUCAAGCUUUCCUUUUCCUCAGGUAGGGCUCUGAUCCCCAAAUUCAUCUGUUUCUCUUUAAGUUCAGUCAUAACAAAUGUCAGCUUAUGUUCAUCAAGUUGUCCUUGUAUGGAUGGGACUCUCUCUCUCUCCAGUUGUAUUGCUUUACAUUCAGCAGCAAGGGUUUCCUCCUUGACUUCAUCCGCAGUUUGCCGUAUCAGAGUAGAUUCCUGUAUCAAUUUCUGGAUGGUUUCUGUAUUGGUAUUCACCUUUUGUCCCAGAUUAUUUAAACUUUUUACUAUUAAGUCUAUUUUAAUAUUUGCAGCAUCCACUUUCACAUUUAUCACAUCUGUUUUCUUGUGAAGCUGUUCCAGCGAAUCGUUUAUUUUCACUAAUACGACCGCUAAGGCCUCUUCUGUUGACAUUCUGUCUAUUUUUUCCUUUCCAUUUGCCAUAACACUUAAGAGAUUCAAGGUCAAUCCCAGAGUCUCACAGUUUUUUUAUCUUGCAGCUGGAAAUUCCCCGAGCCCAGCUCCUGUAAAGCAACCAAUUUCAAAAGCUUCCACUAGGGGAAAACAGUUUCUAUUUGUAUCAGUAAAAUCCUCUUUUAAACACAGUUCCAAUAAUCCAAAGUUAGUUUCAGUUUUCAGUUACUUUUACUCCUUUUUUUUUUUAAGAACAGCCAGAGACAGUAGAAACAAUGUAUUCUCUUGUUUAGCUACCUGUCAAUGAACGUUCUAAUCGCUGUCAAUGAACAUUCCAAAAGACGUCAAUCCUGCUAGCAGCCCGUUUCCAGGGUCAGAGUGGCGGUAUUUUAACUCUCUUAACUCUCUCCUACAGGCAUAUUCAGUCCACCACUUCCCCCCCUCUUCUCCUGUCUCCAAAGGAGGGGGUUUAGUUCUUUGCCGAUGGAGAUUUAGUCUUUUACAAAAGGCUUUCCAAGACUUCAGCUUGCAGGCUCAUUGCUUUAGUUUAUUUACAAAAGGGGAGGCAGACUUCCUGUAUUGAACCUCCCCGUUUCGAUGCCAAAUUAAACGUUUAAAAAUCCAAUUCUCCCACUUCAGCUCUACUCACGGGUAAUUACUUUAGAGUCAAAUUGUCCACAGGAAAAAGUCAGUGCUCUCCGGCAACAGCUAUGCGGCUUCACUCCGUGGAAGAAGCAGACGAUUCGAAGCACUGCGCCACUCACCCCACGUCACUCUGGAUCCCCAAAACCGGGUUUCCCCGCGAGUAGGGGAGGCGCAAAAGGUGCCCGCCGAAUCCCACGUUCACAGGCUUCUCCCGCCUGUGAUUUUUUGCGGGUCUCUGCCUUCGCCGUGGCGGCCAGACCCAAAUUCCCACGGGGCAAAUUCCUCCCGAUCAGAGGAAUUCAGCCAUUACCGGAGGCACCUCCCUGGAAGUCCCAGUUUCCCACAUUUCAGCUGCCAUCCGCAAUUGAAAAGAAAACCCAUUUUGGUGCAUGUUUUUCUUAUUGACACAUUUUUAAAUCUCACUGUGACUAAUAUACACAAUUUUGUAAACAAGUCCCCUAAUAUAAUGGAUUUUUGUAUGUUCUUUUCUCUGAUAUAGGCAUUUUUUUUUACACUUUCCCUUAAUAUGCAUUUUUGUACACAUUGGUUGGUUGGAGAACAACACUGUAAAUUUCAAAGAAUGGCUGUAUUUUGUGUGUGUUCAUGUAUUGGUUUGAGAAGUAUGAUUUACAGAGAUUGCUAUGAAGAUGUAAACCAGGGGUAGGCAACCUAAGGCCCGUGGGCCAGAUGUGGCCCAAUCGCCUUCUCCAUCCGGCCUAUGGACGGUCCGGGAAUCAGUGUGUUUUUACAUGAGUAGAAUGUGUGCUUUUAUUUAAAAUGCAUCUCUGGGUUAUUUGUGGGGCAUAGGAAUUUGUUCAUUCCCCCCCCCCAAAAAAUAUAGUCCAGCCCACUACAUGGUCUGAGGGACAAUGGACCAGCCCAUGGCCGAAAAAGGUUGCUGAACCCUGAUGUAAACUCUCUACUAACAUAGUCUCCCUCUCUCUCUCUCUCUCUCCUCCCCUUUUAGGAAAGCGAGUUUGUCUUGGAGAACAAUUGGCCAGGACUGAGCUUUUUCUUUUCUUCACUGCCCUACUUCAGAAGUUCACUUUCCAGCCUCCAAAAGGCGUGACAUUAAGCCUUGACCAUCGGUCAGGUCUUACGUUAUCCCCCCAGCCAUACCAGAUAUGCGCAAUCUCUCGCUGA